AUGUCGCUGGUGAGCUUCCUAAUUGGGCGCAUGGCAGACGCCUUUGGGGAGGCUGCAGACAUCCAUGAAGUCAUCCGUAGGGUCUCCAAGGUGGGCAAGGAAGCCAUUCCCGCAGCUGAUGAUCCUCUCUUUCUUAGCGCCUCACCGUUCAAUUUGUCCGCAGGUCUCUCUGCACUUUGUUUACCUGGCUAUCGACGCCGGCAUCGAGUCAUUUCUUCGUAAGCUCCCUCCCUUCCUGAAUCUUCUCCGUCCGUCCGGCAGCGGAGGUGGUGACAAUGUUUCUUUCUUCUUCUUCUUCUUCGGGGUCUGUCUGUGGCAGACGUGACCUGCUGGAUGGUCACCGGUGAGAGGCAGGCGGCGAGGAUCAGGAAUCUGUACUUGAAGAGCAUCCUGAGGCUCCUGCCUCAGGAGACGUGCACGGGGGAAGUCAUGGGCAGGAUGUCCGGAGACACCGUCGUCAUCCAAGACGCCAUGCGCGAGAAGGGGGAGUUUAUGGUCAAUGAUAAAUCUUCUUCCUCUUCUUCUUCUUCUUCUUCUUCUUCUUCUUCUACAUGGUUCUUGUUCUUCUUCUUCUGCGCUGAAAGAUUCCCGUCGUUCAUCCUUUGCUUUCCAGGUGAGCAAGUUCAUCCAUCUGGUGUCAACUUUUAUCGGGGGAUUCGUCACAGCGUUCGCCAGGCCUGGCUCCUCGCCCUCGUCAUGCUGUCCACCAUCCCCCCUCUUUGUGGCCGGCGCCGCCAUGUCCACGCUCUUCGUAAGGAUGACCUCUCGCGGACAGACGGCCUACGCGGAGACGUCGGUGAUCGUCUAGCAGACGAUCGGCAUCAUAAGAACGGUGAGUAGCGCCACCGCCACCCACUGCAGCGCCAUGAUAACAAGGUGGACAGAUAGAUCUUCUUACUUCUUCCUUAUCACCGGGUGUGGUCUGCGCGCAGGUGGCCUCAUUCACAGGAGAUAAUCUGGCCCUGGAGAAGUACGCUAAGUCGUUCAGGGCUUCCUACAAGGCGAGUUGCCAGGAGACCCUUGCCGCCGCCGCCGGCAUCGGCACCGUCCUUGGCAUCAUAAUCUUCGGCUUCGCCCUGGGCAUAUGGUACGGGAGUAGGCUGAUACUGGACAAGGGCUACUCCGGCGGAGACGUCCUCAGCGUCAUCCUCUCCAUCUUGUUCGCCUCCUUGUGAGCCCCCCUCCAGCCGCCGCCGCUCGGUUUACUUUCUCCUUCCUGCAUUCCCCCCUGCUCAAACCGCCCGGUUUUCUCUGUCCGCCGGCCGGAAACGCAGAUCACUGGGGCAGACGUCGCCGUGCAUAAGCGCGUUCGCGGCGGGCAAGGCGGCGGGGUUCAAGAUGUUCGAGACGAUCGAGAGGAAGCCAGAGAUCGAUGCAUACGACGAAGGCGGGAGGACCUCCGGGGGGACGCCGAGUUGAGGGACCCGCACUUCAGCUACCCUGCACGGCCGGAGGAGCCCGUCUUCACCGGCCUCUCGCUCGUCAUACCGACCGGAACGGCAACCGCCCUGGUCGGGCAGAGUGGCAGCGGGAAGUCGACAGUGAUCAGCCUCAUCGAGUGAUUCUACGACCCGUAGUCCGGUGCGGUACUCAUCGACGGCGUUGACCUCCGGGUCUUGCAUCUGCGGUGGAUCCGCGGGAAGAUCUGCCUGGUGGUCAGGAGCCCGCGCUAUUCGCCGCCAGCAUCCGGGACAACAUCGCCUACGGCAACGACGGGGCCACCGUCGAGGAAGUCCGCGCCGCCUCAGAGCUCGCCAACGCCACCAAGUUCCUCGACAAGAUUCCCCAGGUCCUUCCUCCCCCCUCCGAUCCUCCUCAAUCUUCGCGGACGCCAGCGGGGCUGACUUCUUCUUUUUCUUCUUCUUCUUCUUCUUCUGCAGGGGCUGGAGACGAUGGUAGGGGAGCGCGGGACGCAGCUGUCCGGGGGGGGAGAAGCAGCGUGUGGCCAUCGCCAGGGCGAUCCUGAAGAAUCCGUGCAUCCUCCUCCCCGACGAGGCGACGAGUGCGCUCGACGCAGAGUCGGAGCACAUCGUGGAGGAGGCGCUGGACCGGGUCAUGAAAGACCGCACCACCGUCAUCGUCGCUCACCUCCUCAGCACCGUCAGGAACGCCCGCAACAUCGCCGUAGUCCAGCGGGGGCGCAUCGUCUUCUCCGAUACCUGCAAGUACCUGGUUUCGCCGUCGACGGCGCCGGAGUCUGACGGUGGUCGCCGCCUCUGCGCAGGAUCGCACGAGGAGCUGCUCAGGGACCCGGAGGGAGCGUACUGCCAGCUCAUCCACCUGCAGGAGGCGGCGAAACAGGAGUCGUAGCCGAUCAGAGGAGCACGUCGUCGAUGGAGAUCCGCCGGCAGUUGAGCCAGAUCCGACGCUCCAUCAACCCCGGAUCCUCGAUGGGAAACAGCAGCCGCCACUCCUCGGUGGCCUUUGUCAUGUCAGCGGAGAUCGGCAUCUAUGACGAUGAGGUGGCUCCAGGGAUGGAGGAGUCGCCGGCGGAGCUCGAGGGCGAGCUGUCGUGGGCCGCCCGCGAGCCGCCGUCCGUCUCCCGCCUUGCUGCCAUGAACAAGCCGGAGAUCCCGGUGCUUCUGCUGGGGGCAGUCACCGCGGCGGUGGGCGGCGUCAUCAUGCCGGUGUUCGGCCUUGUGCUGUACAGAACAACCGAGACGUUGUACAAGCCGGCGGCCGAGCUGAAGAAGGGCACGAGGUUCUUCGCUCUGAUCUCACUGCACUCGGGCUAGUCUCCUUGGUCUCAUACCAAGCGAGGAGCUACUUCUUCGCGGUGGCGGGUGCUCGGCUGGUCAAGAGGAUCAGGAUGAGGACCUUCGAAAAGGUUCUCAACAUGGAGAUGGCCUGGUUCGAUGAGCCGGCAAACUCGAGCGGCGUGGUCGGCGCGAGGCUCUCGGUGGACGCCGCAGCGUUCCGGAGCCUCGUCGGCGACGCGCUCGCCAUGGUGGUCCAGAACUUUGCGGCCAUGCUGGCCGGCCUGAUCAUCGCCUUCGUGGCCAGCUGGCAGCUCUCCCUCAUCGUCCUUGCUUGCUGCCGCUGAUCGGUCUCAACGGCUGGGUGCAGAUGAAGUUCAUCAAGGGUUUCGGUGCUGACGCAAGGGUACUCAUCUUCCUUAUUUCAUCAUCAUCUUCUUCUUCUUCUUUACGAGAUGAUCUGAUGGUGUUAAGCCCAGUCAAGAAAUACUAUUUCAAAACUUCUUUAAUCCUGACCGUCCAUCUCUCCUGAGUUAUAACGGUUGAGAUGAAAGCUACGUGGAAUUGUGGCCCCACGAAUCGUAACUGUCUUUAAGGACCGUUACUUCCCCUCUCUCCUAUAAAUUCUACUCAACAUGUUCGAUGAAAUGUAUAAAGUAGAGAGGUUGCUCUGUUUUCUUUGAAAACAUCCGUGCUUUGAUCCUUCCCCAUUCUUUCUCCAGAUCCUUUGAUCCCAACAUUUGGUAUUAGAGCAGUGUUGCGGAGAGAAGAAAGAAGAUGCCGCCCAGUGGAGAUGGUAUGGAAGGCGAGAGCUCACUCGCUGCAAGUGGAGCUGUGAAAGUACCUGGAGAUGCCGGAUAUCUAGGUACGUUCCCAGUCUUUAAUAAGACCAAUUAUCCAGUGUGGGUGAUGCAUAUGCAACUCCACUUAGAGGCUCACAGCUUAUGGGAUGCUAUUGAGUCGGAGACAAUAGCAAGGAAGAAGGAUCGGCAAGCCCUCUCCGUGAUGCUUGAAGCCGUGUCGGAAGACAUCCAGAGACAACUCAACAUCACAAAAAUGGCAAAAGAAACUUGGGAGCUUUUCAAAGCGACGUAUGUGAGUGACUCGUCUCACGAAAUCAAAACUUCAACGUCUCAGGUGAGAAUUUGAGAUGCUUCAAAUGGGGGAUGAUGAAACUGUGACAGACUUCGUCGGAAAACUGUCACGAGUUGUCACUCAAAUCAGACAUUUUGGGUGAAAAGCUGGAGGAAGGUGUAGUUGUCGUCAAGCUUCUUCGAGCAAAACUAGGGAGAUUUGAUCUAAUUACGACGUCUCUCGAUCAUUCUGGCGACAUCGACUCCAUGUCAUUUGAAGAAGUAGAGGGAUCUCUUAAGAUCUACGAAGAGAAGCUCAAGUUCCGUCAGCAGGAAAAGGAAGAACAAGUCCUUCUUUCUCACAGACUUGAGAAAAUAAGUGGUGGACCUGCCCGCGGCAGGGGACGUGGUCGAGGUCGUGGGUGGCUGAGGAAGAGGAAGAAGUAAUGGGAGAGGCUCGGAUGAAAAUUGGAAGCCUCGUGACAAAUUCACAGAGAAAUGCUACAACUGUGAAAAAAAUGAGAUGUGUUGUAACCUUUUGGCUUUGGGUUUUUUUCUUUAUAAAUUUUUUCUUCUGAACACUCGUUCUUUGCUGCGCUGAAUCCCAAGCAUGAGUGCAAAUAUCAUCCACCUCUUUCCCCGACAUCACCCCCUGACAUGUCUGGCAUCUCCUUCCCUGCUAAGUAUGCUCUCCGUCAUUUUCCUUUCCUUUAUCCCUAGUAGAAAUCCCCUUGUUCUUCCCGUUUUCGUCGUCAAAUAAUACUCCCUCAUGUGAGCACACCCUUCUCAACUGGUGGCUAACUACCCCGUCUUUUUCUCCCCUUUUCCCUGGUAAGAAUCACUCCGGUCUACCCUUCCUCAGCCUCUUGUAGGCUCACCACCCCUUUCAUCUGGUGUCCUUCUUUUUCGUCAUCCAGCUGCAACUCCUUUAUUUAGUGGACAAGCAUCCCUCCCCACCUGGAGCCUGCCUGCCCAUCCUACUGCAUCCCUCUUUUCUGCAGUGGCUCCCACCCACCUUCUCCAAUCUCACAUCCAUGAGUCCACCUUAGUGAAUCUUCAUCUUGUCUCUGUACUAAUUUAAUGAUGGGCUGAUUAUCCAGGGUUGAUAUAGCCAUACUAGGAGAAAUUUCCUAAAUUUAGAAAGCCAAAGUCCACGUACAUUCUGCUUGAUAAAUUUGAAGUAUGGUCUACAGCUUGAGUACUCAUUUUCAUGUCUUCAUAUUUUAGUAAUGCAUCUAAAUGCUACGCAGAGAAAAAGGAGGAGAAAGUUCACCUCUUGAAGACCGAAGAAAAGGCCGAGUCAACGCUUCUAAUGACAACUCUACUACAAGGCGCAAUGGAAACUCAAAUCAAAGACGGAAUGUGGCACUUAGACACAGGUGCCACAAAUCACAUGACUGGAGAUCGUAAUCUAUUUGAUGACCUCAUUGUUACCAGAAACAGUGAAGAAUGCAUCUCAAAAUUCAAAGAAAAAAUGAUGAAGCAAUUCGAGAUGUGUGAUCUAGGUCCUCUUAUCUAUUUAUCUCAUAAUUUAAGUAGAACAAUUUGGAGAUAUGAUCAAUUUAAAGCAACAAUGUUAUGCUGUACAAAUACUUGAACAUUCUUGAAUGCAAGAAUGCAACCUCGACGUCACACCACUUGAAGCUCAUUUCAAGUUCAGUAACGGAGACAAGAGUCAAUUAGUUGAUCCAACAAAAUUCUGGAGCAUAAUUGGGAGCUUGAGGUAUUUAGUUCACACUCGGCCUGAUCUAACCUACUGGGUCAUCUUAGUAGAUAUAUGGAAGCACUUACCACAGAGCAUAUGGUGACAUUGAAAUGGAUUCUUCAAUAUGUUAAAGGUACUGUGAAUCUCGGAUUACAUUAUAAGAAAUAAUUCGAUUUCACUUUGACAAGAUAUAGUGAUAGUGAUCACAUCGAUGACACAGUCGACCGGAAAGCACAAUUGAAGUUCUAUUUUUUCUUGGAUUAAGUCCGAUAAGUUGAACUUCUUAGAAGUAGAAAAUUGUCGCACUUUCUUCUUGUGAAGCCGAGUAUGUAGCUGCUACGGCAGCAGCCUGCCAGAGAAUCUGGUUGGCUAGGCUCAUCGGAGAAUUGAAGAUAGAAAAACCCACUCAGGUGAAGUUGUUUAUUGACAAUAAAUCGGUAAUUGCAUUAUCAAAAAAUCUAGAACAUCACAGCGGAUCGAAGCACAUAAAUACUCGAUAUCGUUUCAUUUGUUCCUACCUCGAAGACAAGUCAAUUGAUGUUGAGCACAUCAACUCUGCUGAUCAAUUAGCUGACUUACUCACGAAACCACUGGGAAGAACCCGUUUCAACGAGCUUCGUCAAAGACUAAGAAUGGUUGAAGACGAUGGAAAUACUAGACUUAGAGGGGAGAUUGAUGGCGUUAAGCCUAGUCAAGAAAUGGGAGCGUGAAGAUCGCAGGAAAUGGUGACACCCUAGCAGUUUCUCCUACGAGGACUAUUUCAAAAUUGUUUACCGUUUCUUAAGUUUUAUUAUUUUUAAUCCUAACCGUCCAUCUCUCCUGAGUUAUAAUGGUUAAGAUGAAAGUUACGUGGAAUCGUGGCCCCACGAAUUGUAACUAUCUUUAACGACCGUUACUUCCCCUCUCUCCUAUAAAUUGUACUCAACAUGCAUGAUGAAAUGUAUGAAGUAGAGAAGUUGCUCUGUUUUCUUUGAAAACAUCCGUGCUUUGAUCCUUCCCCAUUCUCUCUCCAGAUCCUUUGAUCUCAACAUAAUCGUCAUCAUCUUCUUUUUUUCCUCUGCCAGAUGAUGUACGAGGAGGCGAGCCAGGUGGCGGACGACGCCUUGGGGAGCAUUCGGACGGUGGCUUCGUUCUCUGCGGAGGAUAAGGUUAUGGAGCUAUAUAAGAAUAAGAGCGAGGGUCCGGUUAACGCGGGGUGGCAGGACCUGAUCAGCGGCAUCGGCUUUGGGAUCUCUUUCUUCUGCUCUUCCACCUCCUACGCCACCACUUCUACGCCGGCGCCAAGUUCGUCGAAGACGGCAAGACCACCAUCUUGGGCGUCUUCCAGGUGACCACCGAUCCCAGCGGCGGCAGCGCCGAGCUCGAGGACCUGGCCGCUGAUCUGACAGGCUCUUUUCUUUUUUACCCUCGAUGCGGCAGGUGUUCGUCGCCCUAGUCUUGGCGGGGAUCGGGCUCUCGCAGUCAAGCGGCAUGGCUCCCGACUCGAGCAAGGCGAGGUCGGCCAUCGCCUCCGUCUUCGCAAUCCUCGACCGCAAGCCCAAGAUCGAACCCAGCGAUCUCUCCGGAAAGACGCCGGAGGUGAAGGGGAAAAUCCCGUUCCGGCACGUCAGCGUCAGGUACCCCAUGAGGCCCGAGGUUCAGAUCUUCCAGGACCUCUGCCUGAUCAUCCACGCCGGCAAGGUAUGCCCGCCGCCAGAAUCCUAACAUCAGGAAGAGGUGGAUCUCUCCUCAUUUCGACCGUCAUAACCGAGGUGGUGCUUCUCUUCUCUUCGGCCUGUGCAGACGGUGGCGCUGGUGGGGGAGAGCGGCUGCGGGAAGUCGACGGCGAUAGCGCUGCUGCACAGGUUUUACGACCCCGACUUGGGCCAGAUCAUGCUGGAUGGAGAGGACAUUUGGAGCUUCCAGCUGCGGUGGCUGCGGUGGCUGUGGCGGCAGAUGGGCCUGGUAAGCCAGGAGCCCGUCCUCUUCAACGACUCCAUACGCGCCAAUAUCGCCUACUGCAAGGACGGCGGUGCCUCCGAGGCAGAGAUCGUCGCCGCUGCCGAGGCUGCCAACGCCCACAAGCUCAUCAGCAGCCUCCAGCAGGUGGGUCCUCUUCCCUUCUUCCUCCUCCACCGCCUCCGGUGACGGCGCCGCUUCCUUCCUUUCCUUUCCUUCUCUGAAGACCCUCCGAUCACGCGCAGGGGUACGAGAAGGUGGUCGGUGAGCAGGAAAUCAACCUGUCGAGGGGGGGCAGAAGCAGAGGGUGGCCAUCGCCCGGGCCAUCGUGAAGGACCCGAGGAUCGUGCUGCUGGACGCGGCCACCAGCGCCCUCGACGCCGAGUCGGAGCGAGUUGUCCAGGACGCGCUAGACCGGCUGAUUGUCAACAGGACGACCGUCAUCGUCGCCCACCGGCUAUCCACCAUCAAGGGCGCCGAUCUCAUCGCCAUCGUCAAGAACGGGGCCUAG